CCGCAAACGGGUAGGACAGUACUGCCAACAAACUCUGCAAGGAGGGACAAGUAAACUCCUCGAACUACACUGACUAUUCGUUUCGGAUACCGGUGACAACAGUGUUCCUGAGUUAACAACGGUCUGUGCUGUUUUCUGAAACUUUCCUUCGGUGAGCUGCGUGUAGUCUAAACGAACCGCACUGGGUAGAGCGCUCGGCGCGUAAUUCCGUAUGGUCCCGCAAUCCGGCGGGUGUUAAGAUCCAUGGAAGUGGCUGGUUUUUACGAGGGGGAUUGCCUCGCUUUCCACGGUAGCAACAGUAUUAGCAGUCCCGUCGGCGACGGCAUAUGCAAGCAGCCCAUUGACGGCUCCAUGACGAAACUUGGUAUCUCGCAGCACGAGAAGACGAUCGACUUCAGCAUCUACCUAGACUCUCUGCACUAUCAUCAGCUGGCCAACCACAACCAGGUGCCUCUCCAGCGCGGAGACGUCUACAGUGAUUUCCUCGAGGAGAGCAGAAACAAGAGGGUGUCACCGUUACAAAACUACAGGAACUACAUUUCACUCAACGACCGUGAAACGAGCUCGAUCAACAGCCACAGGGAAACCAACCCACUAGGCUAUUCCGACCUCGAGGAGACCCGAGUUGACACGGUCUACAGCCCGGAGUUCGUCGGAAACUCGUCUAAAGGUGGUCCCCGGGAGGAGCCUCGCGAAGAGUCGGGAAUGGAUGGUUCGUCUGGGUUUGACAUGCGCUCCUACCUACAGUUCCAGUCGGCCCCGAGUGGCAGUUUGGGGAACAUUUCCGACGCUUCAUCCUCGUGCUCCACCAGUCCCCCGGGCACACCUGCUCCGCCGGGGAAAGGAGGGUCGCCGCAGCAGCACGGCAAGAUGUCGGGCGGGAAAGGGAAGAAGCGCCUGGAGAAGGACAGCGAGGAGUACCGACAAAGGCGCGAGAGGAACAACCUGGCCGUCCGAAAGAGCAGGGACAAAGCCAAAAUGCGCAACCUGGAGACGCAACACAAAGUGCUCGAACUCGCCGCCGAGAACGACCGUUUACAGAAGCGCGUGGAGCAGCUGUCACGAGAGCUGGCCACGCUGCGUAACCUGCUUUCUGCCACCGGCCAGUGCUAACGGGACGCCCGCGUGAGCAGCACUUUGAGAGAACCUUCAUGCAGGCUGGGACUGUAAUUGGGUUCAAAGUUGAUAUUUCUUGCCGUGGUACUCUGUGUAUUGAGGUUGUCGACUUAAAGUAGACAAUCGUGGUGGACCGAACAAGUGUUUACAGCCAUGGAAAAGACUGGAUGAUGAGGACAUGGUCGGGGGAUUGCGCAACUCCUCACGGGAGCUUAUCACCCAGUAGGCUACAACGAAACUCUGAAUUUGUUCUGUCUGUACAGUAUUUUUGUAUGGUUUACACGAUGAAAUAUGCAUUGAAAUGAUUUUCUAUUUAAAUAGCGUUCAUUAUGUGGGGCAGGAGUUGUCAAGGGAAGAGUUGCUCUAGUGGUAUGAUGCAACUCUUGGUAACAGUAUUGGCAAUGCAAUGAAGUAAUCUGUAAAAGAUAGAAAGGUACAAUUUUAAAUGAUAUAAAAAAUGUUUUAUUGAAUUAAAUUGAUUUUUACAUGGUUCCUAAGCAA